AUGAGCGCCGAUGAGAAUCAGGCGGUCGAGGAGCAGAAGAAAGAUGACGAUGCGACAGUAGCGGACACAGUACCAGCAGAAGACGAGAAUGCGAAGGCGAUGAUAGUCGAGCAGGCGGCGCAGCCUCAGGAGCAACAGCAAAAGAGCACCGACAGCAUCGAUUAUGUAGUGGUUCUUGAUGCGAGCACAAACGAGCCCAUCGAGGUGCCAACAUCAGAAGGCUGCGUUCUGAUGUCAACACUGCAAGCGACAUUUCCCGGCGCCACCGGCCUCAAGUAUCGCAAUCCGAAGACUGGAGCGAAUCGAGUUGUUCAGGUCGAUCCGAAUGGAUUGCGAUUGAUGGCGCCCGCCGACGGAUGGGAGGAUAAGACGUUCUCGGCGAUUUUUCCGCCGGCAGCAACACCAACGGCGUCGACGCGUACAGCGCGCGGAGCGGACGCCGCGGGCGGCGCGAAACGCCGAAAAGUGAACUCGAGCGAUCAGGAGACGGACUCGGACGAUGAGACCGACGGGCGGUCGCGAAGCAAACGCGCCGUUCAGCAGCAAGAGGCGAAGGCGGCGUCGACGGCAACGGCGCCGCCCGAACCCGAGCAAUCCGUCGAUUUGAUCGUGUUGGGUGUGGACUUCAAGACGAGCGACGAGACGUUUCGCAAUUAUUUCGAAGAGUUCGGCAAAGUUGUGUACUGUGAGAUAAAACGCAAACCCGACGGUGUCUCGAAGGGAUUCGGAUUCGUUCGAAUGGAAACCGUCGAUGAGCAGAACAAGGUGCUAGCUGUCGCACUUCAUGAGAUUGACGGAAGGCGGUGCGAUGUGAAAAUUCCCGAAGCAAGAGUAAAUUUUUUUGACAAAGGCAAUAAGACGAUGAUAAGCCGAAUUUUUGUUGGACGUCUCACCGAUCGAAUAAGUGAGGAAAUGCUGAGAGAUGCGAUUGACGAGGAGGCCAAAAAGGUGUCGGAUAGUGUUAAGAUUACUGAUGUUUUUAUUCCGAAGCCGUUUCGAGGAUUUGCAUUUGUCACUUUGUCUUCUGGAGAAGUUGCCUUUGAAGUUGUUAAAAAAGGAUCUCUUAUGAUUAAUGGAACUUCGCUUGCGUUGAGUUUGGCAUUGCCGAGAGAAGAGCCGAAACCGGAUUAUGGACCGCCUUCUUCGGAUUAUGGGUUGCCUGCUGGAUAUGGCUAUCGGAGGCAUGCGGAUCGAGGAUACUCGAAGCCGUCGUCGCAAUAUUCCAACUUUUCUCGCAACGAUUAUUCGCCGUAUUCACGCGGAGGCGGCGGCGGAUCGGGACCGCCAGCACAGAAUUCGGACCGCGAUCGCCGCUAUUGGGAUUCGUCGCCGAACCACCGAUGGGGCGAACCCGACACCCGACUACCGCCGCCUCCUCGACCGCCGCCACAGCCACUGAUGUCGAUUCGAAGUGGUCCGAUUGAUCCGCGCCGAGCACCACCAUAUCACCAACAGCAUCAUCACCAUCACCAUCAUCGGAUUGAUGAUUACGGACCAACGGGAUCGGCGCAGACGGCGAACAUCGCGUUCGGAUUGGAUGCGUUGGAUUUGAAUCAGACGAAUCCCGAAAUUGUCAACGCCGCAUUGUCAGCGUUCUUCACGACGCUCGCCCAACCGCGAAACAACAACAUUCCACCGCCAACGGGACCACCAAGAAAAUGGAAUUAG